UCCGGGCAACAUGGCGGGGAGCGCCUCGCGAAUCGGGCUGGCCGAGAAGCUGCAGGGUCUCAACGGACUCUUUGCAAUUCACAAAAAGAAAGGCCCUACUUCAGCAGACGUGCUAAAUCUCCUGAAAUCCAAGCUUUUGGAAGCUGGCAUUAAGCAACAUCCAAAGAAAAGAAAGAAACAAGUUCUGAAAAUGGGCCAUGGAGGAACGCUUGAUAGUGCAGCAUCAGGAGUACUUGUGGUUGGAAUUGGAAAAGGGACCAAAAUGCUCAGUGGAAUGUUGUCAGGCUCUAAGAAAUACACAACUGUUGGAGAAUUUGGAAAGGCAACAGACACAUUUGAUGCCAUAGGAAUGGUAACAGAAGAACAAUCAUAUGAUCACAUAACGAAGGAUGAUCUGGAAAGGACUCUGAAGAAAUUUACAGGAAGCAUUAUGCAGACUCCACCAUUAUAUUCUGCUUUGAAGCAGAAUGGGCAAAGGCUUUCUUGUUUGGUGAAGAAAGGAGAAGCGGUAGAAUCUAAACCUGCUAGAUGUGUAAUGGUGUAUGACCUUUCCGUACAGGAUUACAGUCCUCCUCACUUUACUCUUGAUAUUGAAUGUGGAGGUGGCUUUUACGUUCGUAGUUUGGUGAAUGACCUUGGCAAAGAGCUUUCUUCCUGUGCCUUUGUUAAGGAGUUGAUCAGAACCAAACAGGGACCUUUCACGUUGGAUGAACAUGCACUUCAGGAGGAGAAGUGGACAAUCAAUGAAGUAGUAAAAGCCAUUGAGAAUUGCACACAGUUGGUAAAAAAUGAAGGAGGUUACAAGAAAUUAAAGAGUGAAAUCUCUGAACAGGAAAAAGAAAUCGAUUGAUACGGCAGGCAUUUCUUGAUAGGUGAACAAAGACUUGUGACUAUACAGUGCCUUUGUCUGGGUGUCCUGAGGCACUUCACAGCCAGUGCAUUUCUUUAGAAAGACAUGAGGUGAUGCCAUGCAGGAGAUUCAGCACAUCAAUCUUUCACAAACCAAUGUAUGGUGACCAAAUACUGUUGAUGUUUGAAUGAUAAAUAUUGGUCAGAGUACUAUAAUUUGAAUUUUACUGGAGUAAUCUUGUGUAUCUCAACACAUUCAGAGCUUUAAACAGUUCUGAUUAAGAAUAUAAUCACUGAAAAUUAGAACUGUUAACUUCCAUUGUUGUCCAAUUAAGCUGCCAGCACCUUUUGCACAUCAUAACUGUGCUGUUGUAUAGAGUAACCCAGUCAAUGUCCUAGCAACUUUGUGUUACUGACAUUUUAAUGAUGCAUAGAUUUUCUCCUGAUGAAAGAUGUUAAUAAUGCUUGUAUAAUUAGGAAGUAACUCAAAAAAAUUCAGCACACAUUCUUUCAUCAAAGCUGAUCUAAUAAAUGGGUUUUUUUUGUUGUUGUUCAUUGUCAUUUAAUAACCUUGGCAGGCAAUUUAUGUUUUUUGUCAGAGCAUACAGGAUUUUUUCCCUAAAUUUGUACCUCAGGUGUGAGUUGUAUGUUGCAAUUGCUUUUUCAUUAUCAGUAAUGAUCUUGAUUUGAUGUAAAUGAACACCUCAGCCAAUUUAUUGACACAAGAUAUAUUAUGAUUGUCGACUACCGACAUGGAAUAUGAGGUGUUGCUCCUCUUGUUUGCAUUGGGCCUCAUAGUGGCAGUGAAAAAGGCUGCCGAUGGAUAGGUCAAUGUGCGAAUGGGAAGGGGAAUUAAAAUGGCUUGUUAACUGGGAGCUUUGGAAGGCUAAUGCAGACAGGGUACCCUGCAACCCAGUCACCUCGCCUGUGCUUGGUCUCACUGAUAUAUAGGAGGCCUGAUCUGGAGCAAACUAGGUAAUUGAUUUGUAGCCUGGGUAGUCUCAACUGAAUGAAAGUUGAAUUAUCUGAUUUCAGGCAACUCUAAUCUCAGUUGUGUUUCUGAACCCCCCCCCCUUCUAUCGCCUUCCCAUUUUUUUAUAAUACCACACCCUCCCCCACCCCACCGGCCCCCAGCCCCCUCAUCACACAAUUUCCCUAUUUGGGUUCCACAUCUUUUAUCCACCUGCUUUCACUCUCUCCUCCCCUAUCUGGUUCUGAUUUCAUCUGCUCUAUUCCUGUCUCCUAAUGGUUCCCCUGAUUAUUUUCCUGUCAUCAGAUUGCAGCUCUGGUAGCCUCUUCAUUUCUGCCCAACAUGCUCCAACCUAUCUCCAUCUUCACUCUCUCAUUCAACCCUCUCUCCUCCCCCACCUGGUUCCAUCUGCGGGAGGAGAGAGAGCAGCGCGCCGUGCGUACGCAGCCCUCCGGUGAAAAAUGAUAUCGUAUCCGUUAAAGAGGGGCCAUGGACAAUUCUGAUUUGAUGGAGAUAGUCGUGAAAGCACAGAGGAACAUCUGGAGAAAUUUCUGAAACGCCGGUUCGCUGCUGUUGUUACUGCGCAGUCGGGAAUCUUCCAGAGGGAAGGCCCCAAAAUCCCCGGCUUUGCCUGCUGCUGGUGACCGAGGCUGAGGUUGAAUCGUUUGGACAGAGAUGACGCUCAGUACUCGGUGUUGGAGAGCUGAUCGGAGGCUCGAAGUUUUCGGAUGACUCCGAGUCGGACUGUGGUCAGGCAUGGCAGGGAGAGUUUUUCUUCCUUCUCCCCGUCUGCGUGAGAUGUGGGACAUUUGAGAGACUUUGAACUUUUUACUGUGCUCAUGGACUUCUUCAUCAAGUUAUGGUAUUGUUGCACUGUUGUAACUGUAUGUUAUAAUUAUGUGGUUUUGUUAGAUUUUUCAGUCUUGGUCUGUCCUGUGUUUUGUGAUAUCACACCGGAGGAAAUAUUGUAUCAUUUCUUAAUGCAUGCAUUACUAAAUGACAAUAAAAAAGGACUGCGUGUCUUCAUAAUCUAAUCUAAUCUUUUUGUCUGUCUCUGUCUAUAUUCCACCUGCCUGAUCUGCCUAUCAUCCUUCACCUCACUUCAGUCUGCCUGUCACCUACUGCCUCCUAUCAUCACUGCCACCACCCCAUCUAUCUUCUCUCCACUUUUUUCAAUUUCUGUUAUAGGGUUUCUCCCCACAGAUGCUGUAAAGUAAUUGUUAUCCACUUACUUAAUUUUAUGAAUAAUCAGUUCCUUAAGGUUGUCAUAGCUGGGAGAUGGGGAUGGGGGAUAGUGGGAGGAGCUCCCACUACCUACUAAAUGCUCCCAAUGGUGUGUAUCUCAAAUAGCCUCUGACAACCAUGUCCAGCUCCUGGCCUUUACAUGUGGGUUAGCUACUAAGUCCAGUGGAACUGUUUCUACUGACAGGAGAAGAGGCAAGGAUGGGUUACUGGCAUCUUAAAUCAGUUGGUUUGGACAGAUGGGGCCCGUCAGCUGUGGUUGGUAGCUCGUCUAGGAGAAGGAAAACUCUGAUCUCAACCUUCUGCUGCCUUGUGGCUGUACCCACUCGUGGGGAAGUCUUCGAGAGUAAUCUCCGAGGGAAAACUACGGAGCUGGAGCCCCUAAGGCAAUCCUACAUUGAGCUCAACACUGACUGGCAACUCCUGCGAAGUCACUGAUGCCAAACUGUAUCGGUCUUUGCUGUUCCUUUGGAUUUAUCAGCUGCAUGGAGAGGGGGAGCCUGCUGCACGGAGAACAGCUUGCUCUCCAUAUCGUACUGCCCUGGCUUGCACAUAGACAGCUAGGGCGCAGCAUCCCUGGUCGACCCUGUCCCACUGCGGUAGGCCUCACUGAUAAAAAAAAAUAACAGUAGGAGAAUGAAACAAUUCAGUGAACUAAUUUCAAAUAAAUGUAUAUUAUUUGUUUCUGAUAGCCUCUUCAAAUUGUAGUCAUAGUAGUCAUAGUCAUACUUUAUUGAUCCCAGGAGAAAUUGGUUUUCAUUACAGUUGCACCAUAAAUAAAUAGUAAUAAAACCAUAAAUAGUUAAAUAUUAAUAUGUAAAUUAUGCCAGGAAAUAAGUCCAGGACCAACCUAUUGGCUCAGGGUGUCUAACUGUCCAAGGGAGGAGUUGUAAAGUUUGAUGGCCACCGGCAGGAAUGACUUCCUAUGACGGUCUGUGUUGCAUCUCGGUAAUGACAGAUUACUCCAAGAUACCUGCCUGCUUACUGUAUCCGAUCUCCAGUUGCCUCGAUGUGAAAGACCUUUGUUUCUACAAGAUCCAAGUCAUGAUCAAGAAAAAUUAACAACUCUAUUGCAAGGUCUUGGUGUGCCUGGCUCGUCAGGUGAUCUGACUUCCUGAAGAAUGUUUUACUUUUGCUGCUCUAAGUUUUACCCUAUACUUGUCGUGACUGCCUGAGUCGUAGUCGUAGAAAACUAAAGCACAGACACAGGUCCUUUGGCUCUUCCAGUCCGUGCCAAAUUAUUUGAACUGCCUACCCCCAUUGACCUGCACUCGGACUAUAGCCCUCCAUACCCCUACCAUCCAUGUACCUAUCCAAACUUCACUUAAAUGUUGAAAUCAAAAUCGCUUCCACCACUUGUGCUGGGAGUCCAUUCCACACUCUCACCGCCAUGAGUGAGGAAGUUUCCCUUCAUAUUCCUCUUAAAUAUUUCACCUUUCACCCUUUACCCAUGACCUCUAGUUGUCUCACCCAACCUCAGUGGAAAAAACCUGCUUGCAUUCUCCCUAUCUAUGCCUCUCAUGAUUUUGCAUACCUCUGUUAAAUCUCCUCUCAGUCUCCUACAUUCUAGGGAACCAAGUCCUAACAUAUUCAACCAUUUUUUUUAUAGCUCAGGUCCUCCAGUUCCAGCAGCACAUAGAAACAUAGAAAACCUACAGCACAAUACAGGUCCUUUGGUCCACAAUGCAGUGCCAAACACGUACUUACUGUAGAAAUUACCUAGGGUUACCCAUAGCCCUCUAUUUUUCUAAACUCCAUGUACCUAUCCAGAAGUCUCUUAAAAGACCCUACUGUAUGUGCCUCCACCACAAUUGCUGGAAUGCACUCACCACUCUCUGUAUAAAAAAAAUUUACCCCAGACAUCUCCUCUGUACCUACUUCCAAGCACCAUAAAACUGUGCCCUCUCGUGUUAGCCAUUUCAGCCUUGGGGAAAAAGCCUCUGACUAUCCACGUGAUCAAUGCCUCUCAUCGUCUUAUACACCUCUAUCAGGUCACCUCUCAUCCUCUGCAGCUCCAAGGAGAAAAGGCUGAGUUCACUCAAACUAUUCUCAUAAGGCAUGCUCCCCAAUCCAGGCAACAUCCUCUGCACCCGAUCUAUAGUUUCCACAUCCUUCCUGUAGUGAGGUGACCAGAACUGAGCACAUUACUCCAAGUGGGGUCUGACCAGGGUCCUAUAUAGCUGUAACAUUACCUCUCAGCUCUUAAACUCAAUCCUAAGGUUGAUGAAGGCCAAUGCACCGUAUGCCUUCUUAACCACACAGUCAUCCUGCACUGCAGCUUUAAGUAUCCUAUGGACUCGGACCUCAAGAUCCCUCUGAUCCUCCACACUGCCAAGUGUCUUACCAUUAAUACUAUACUCUGUCAUCAUAUUUGACCUACCCAGCCAACACACUUUUCGUCCCUCUUCCCUCCGGGAGAAGGCUCAGGAGCUUGAAGACUCGUACGGCCAGAUUUGGGAACAGCUUCUUUCCAACUGUGAUAAGACUGCUGAACGGAUCCUGACCUGGAUCUGGGCUGUACCCUCCAAGUAUCUGGACCUGCCUCUCGGUUUUUUUGCACUACCUUACUUUCCAUUUUUCUAUUUUCUAUUUAUGAUUUAUAAUUUAAAUUUUUAAUAUUGAUUAAUUUUUACUGUUAAUGUUUAAUAUUUGUAAUCCAGGAAGCAGGAAGCGCAGAAUCAAAUAUUGUUGUGAUGAUUGUACGUUCUAGUAUCAAUUGUUUGGCGACAAUAAAGUAUAAAGUAAAAUGAACCACUUCAGACUUAACUCUCCAUCUGCCACUUCUCAGCCAGUUUUGCA